AUGGCUGGUGCCGCAGGUAACUCGUACAUGUCCAUGGCGACGCCCAACGACGUCAAGAACUACACGAACGACGUUGGCCAGAUCCAGUGGGCGCAGGUGCCGCUGAACGCCGCGCUUGACAAGCUCAAGUCGUCCCGUGAGGGUCUGACAUCCGAUGAGGCCGAGAAGCGUCUGGCCGAGUACGGCCCGAACAAGCUGCCGGAGGAGAAGGUGAACAAGCUGACGCUGUUCCUGGGCUUCAUGUGGAACCCGCUGUCGUGGGCCAUGGAGGUGGCCGCCGUGCUGUCGAUUGUGCUGCUGGAUUACGCUGAUUUCGCGCUGAUCCUGUUCCUGCUGCUGCUAAACGCUUGCAUCGGUUACUUGGAGGAGGUGCAGGCUGGCGACGCCGUGUCGGCUCUGAUGGGCCAGCUGGCGCCCGAGGCGAAGGUGUUCCGUGACGGUGAAAUUAAGAAUAUCCCGGCGGACCUGCUGGUCCCCGGUGACGUGCUGCGUGUGCGUCUGGGUGACGUGAUCCCGGCCGACCUCAAGUUCCUGGAGGGCGAUGCGAUCAAGGUGGACCAGUCGUCGCUGACGGGUGAGUCGCUGCCGGUGACGAAGAACGAGGGCGACGAGGGUUACUCUGGCUCCGUUGUGAAGCAGGGUGAGAUCGAGGCCGUGGUUACCAGCACUGGUGUGAACACGUUCCUGGGCCGCGCCGCCGAGAAGAUCGCGUCCGCUGACGCGCACGGCCGUCUGCAGAUGGUGCUGACGACUGUGGGCAACUUCUGCAUGGUGUCGAUCCUGUUCUGGUGUGUGGUGGAGCUGCUGGUGCAGAUGGCCGGCCGUACGUCGCAGAACCCGUGCGUGAUCGUGACGGACGGUUGCCUGGGUGUGGCCAACAUCCUUGUGCUGAUCGUUGGUGGUAUCCCCGUGGCCAUGCCGACGGUGCUGUCGGUGACGCUGGCCAUCGGUUCGUCGGCUCUUGCUAAGGAGAACGCCAUUGUGACGCGCCUGACGUGCAUUGAGGAGAUGGCUUCGAUGGAGGUGCUGUGCUCGGACAAGACGGGCACGCUCACGCUGAACCAGCUGUCUGUGGACAUGGACAACCUGAUCCCGUACAACAACUUCACUGCUGGUGACAUCCUCAAGUACGGUGCUCUGUCGGCUCGUACGGAGAACAACGAGGCCAUUGAUGUUGUGUGCCACAACUCGUACCCGGGCAAGGACACGAUGUGGGAGGAGUACACUCUGCUGCACUACACGCCGUUCGACCCCACGACGAAGCGCACGAUUGCCAAGCUGAAGGAUAACAAGACAGGUGAGAUCUUCCGUGCCGUCAAGGGUGCCCCGCAGGUGGUGCUUGACAUGGACGUGAACGCCGAGACUCUGCGCGUGGAAGUUGAGGACCGCAUCAACGAGUUCGCUUCUCGCGGCUACCGUGGUCUGGGUGUGGGUAUCUCUCGUAGCGGUGAUGUUCCGGUGGAGGAGUGCGAGUGGCAGAUGAUUGGUCUGCUGCCGCUGUUCGACCCGCCUCGUCACGACACGGCUGACACUGUGAAGAAGGCCAUUGCUCUGGGUAUUGCUGUGAAGAUGGUGACGGGUGACCAGAAGGCUAUUGCUGUGGAGACGUGCCGUCAACUGGGAAUGCCGACGAACAUCCUUGACACUUCUUUCUUCAACACUGCGCCGCCUCCCGGACUGAACCUGGCUCAGAUGAUCUACGACACGGACGGCUUUGCUCAGGUGUUCCCGGAGCACAAGUUCGAGAUCGUCAAGCACCUGCAGUCUCUGGACAAGGUGGUGGGCAUGACCGGUGACGGUGUGAACGACGCUCCGGCCCUGGCUCAGGCCGACAUUGGUAUUGCUGUGGAUGAUGCGACGGAUGCCGCCCGUGCUGCCGCCGAUAUUGUGCUUGUUUCCCCCGGUCUGAGUGUGAUCAUCACGGCCAUCCGCAUGAGUCGUGAGAUCUUCCUGCGUAUGAAGAACUAUGCCAUGUACUCGAUCGCCAUGACGGUGCGUAUCGUGUUCACGUUCGGUAUCCUGACGGUGGCGUGGAACUGGUACUUCCCUCCGAUUCUUGUUGUGAUCCUGGCCAUCCUGAACGACGGUACGAUCCUGACGAUCUCGAAGGACAACGUGGUUGCGUCGCCCCACCCGGACUCGUGGAAGCUGAAGGAGGUGUUCAUUUCGUCGAUCUCGUUCGGUCUGUGGUUGACUCUGUCUACGAUUGUGCUGUUCGCGAUCGUGAACAACUCGAGUGGUUUCGAGAGCACUGAACGUUCGGCUGUGGCGCGACUUCAACGCUUUAUCGAUGCAUUGACGCCUCCGCGCAACACUGCAUGGAAGCACGCGAGCCAAAUCCGGGUCAGCGCCAUUGGCAACUUCCGCUGGUCAUCGGACUGA